CCUGAACAGGAAGAGGCAUUCCAUUGGCUGCAGAAGUUUCCAUUGCUUCUAUGCUUCAGGAUAGGAACGAACGCGCUGAACAGCUGUCUAGUCAGAAGGCAUGCGUGUCUGCGUGCGUAUGUGUGUUCAUAGUGAUCAAGGUAAUGAUUAAAGAGAUUGGAGUGUUUGAUCUCAAUCAGACCUUGUUGGACUUUCCCAUCCCACCAUCCUUUGCACUUAAUUAAGGCCUUUUUUUUUUACCUCCGUCUACCAUAGCUGCGCUACAGGGUCAGUGAUCCACAGGUGUUACAGGGUCAGUGAUCCACAGGUGUUACAGGGUCAGUGAUCCACAGGUGUUACAGGGCCAGUGAUCCACAGGUGUUACAGGGCCAGUGAUCCACAGGUGUUAGCCUGCUAUUAAACCCCUAGAGCUGUGUAGAUAUGAAAGGGUUGAUCGUUCUCCCUAGACGUCUUCCUCCCUCCCUUCUUCACCCACUAACACUCAGCACACACACACACAGUUACACGCAUGCAUGCACGCAAGCAAGCACCCACACAUGCACACUCUCUUUCUCUCUCUCUUUCUCUCUCGCUCACACACAGCACACGUUGUGGAUUUGAGGUAAUUGAGGUGGACGUGGUGGGGAAUAUGUUUUAGUCAGUUAAUGCGCCAUGCAUGUUGCCAUGGUGACUGGUCCUGAGUGUUGGGGGACUGCUCCUUUAGGGUGGUGAUGUCCCUGACUGAGUCUGUAAUACCAACAUGUUUCAAGCAGACCACCAUAGUCCCUGUGCCCAAGAACACUAAGGUAACCUGCCUAAAUGACUACCGACCCGUAGCACUCACGUCUGUAGCUUUGAAAGGCUGGUCAUGGCUUACAUCCACACCAUUAUCCCAGAAACCCUAGACCCACUCCAAUUUGCAUACCGCCCCAACAGAUCCACAGAUGAUGAAAUCUCUAUUGCACUCCACACUGCCCUUUCCCGCCUGGACAAAAGGAACACCUACGUGAGAAUGCUAUUAAUUGACUACAGCUCAGCGUUCAACACCAUAGUGCCCUCAAAGCUCAUCACUAAGCCAAGGACCCUGGGACUAAACACCUCCCUCUGCAACUGGAUCCUGGUCUUCCUGACGAGCCGCCCCCAAGGUGGUAAGGGUAGGUAACAACACAUCUGCCGAGCUGAUCCUCAACACGGGGGCCCCUCGGGGGUGGGUGCUCAGUCCCCUCCUAUACUCCCUGUUCACCCAUGACUGCAUGGCCAAGCACGACUCCAACACCAUCAUUAAGUUUGCCGACAACACAACAGUGGUAGGCCUGAUCACCGACAACGAUGAGACAGCCUAUAGGGAGGAGGUCAGAGACCUGGCCGUGUGGUGCCAGGAUAACAACCUCUCCCUCAACGUGAUCAAGACAAAGGAGAUGAUUGUGGACUACAGGAAAAGGAGGACAGAGCACACCCCAUUCUCAUCGACGGGGCUGUAGUGGAGCAGGUUGAGAGCUUCAAGUUCCUUGGUGUCCACAUAUCCAACAAACUAUCAUGGUCCAAACACACCAAGACAGUCGUGAAGAGGGCACGACAAAGCCUAUUCCCCCUCAGGAGACUGAAAAGAUUUGGCAUGGGUCCUACAGCUGCACCAUCGAGAGCAUCCUGACUGGUUGCAUCACCGCCUGGUAUGGCAACUGCUCGGCCUCCGACCGCAAGGCACUACAGAGGGUAGUGCGUACGGCCCAGUACAUCACUGGGGCCAAGCUUCUUGCCGUCCAGGACCUUUAUGCCAGGCGGUGUCAGAGGAAGGCCCUCAAAAUUGUCAAAGACUCCAGCCACCCUAGUCAUAGAGUGUUCUCUCUGCUACCGCACACGGCAAGUGGUACCGGAGCGCCAAGUCUUGAUCCAAAAGGCUUCUUAACAGCUUCUACCCCCAAACCAUAAGACUCCUGAACAGCUAAUCAAAUGGCUACCUGGACUAUUUGCAUUGUUCCUCCCCCAUUCCCUUUUUUUACUCUGCUGCUACUCUGUUUAUUAUCUAUGCAUAAUCACUUUAAUAACUCUACCUACAUGUACGUAUUACCUCAAUUACCUCGACUAACCUGUGCCCCCACACAUUGACUCUGUACUGGUACCCCCUGUAUAUAGCCUCGCUACUGUUAUUUUACUGCUGCUCUUUAAUUAUUUGUUAUCAUUUCUUUUUUUUACUUAUCUAUUUUUUACUUAUUUUUCUUAUAACUGCAUUGUUGGUUAAGGGCUUGUAAGUAAGCAUUAAACUGUACGGUCUACACCUGUUGUAUUCUGCGCAUGUGACAAAUAACAUUUGAUUUGAUUUGAUGAGAAUGACCGAGUCCUUAAUCCUCUGUCACUCUACAUUAUAACAGAAAGGCAAUGGCUGCGUCUGAAAUGGCACCCUUUUCACUCUAUAGUGCACUACUUUUGGCCAGAGCCCAUGAGGGCCCAUGAGACUCUGGCCAAAAGUAGUGCACUAUAGAGGGAAUAGGGUGCCGUUUGGGACACAGUCAAUGUUUGCUGAACCCAAGCCAGGUGGUUUUGAAUGUAAUUGAUUACAGCACACAUGCUAAUCAAAGAUCUGAUAGCUAUGGUAUGCGACUAUAAUAAACGUAGUGAGUCAGAAAACCUGAGUGUAUUUCUUUCUCAUUUUUGAUUGUUGUGUUAUGAGAAUAUUCCCUCUCAUUACAUUUUACAUUUUGGUAUUUUAGCAGACUUACAAGUCAGUGCAUUCAACUACAGUGGGUAAAACAACCACAAAUCACAGUCAUUGCAAGUAAAAACGUUUAUCUCGUUUGUCUUCCAGAACUAUGGGGUGGAGACAGACAACCUGAAGACUCUGGUGGGUUGUAUGAGAGCGGCGUCCAACAACCUCCACAACUCAGCGUCGGAGCGCAGGAAGAACCCGUCGUACGAGGGCAAGAAUUCCCACAAACCCCCCAAUGACUUCCUCACUGCCGUGGUGGAGCUCAUCGGAGCAGCCAAGAGUCUACUGGCCUGGCUGGACAGGUAGGCUAUACAAAACACACUUACACACAUAGGCAGUGGCACAGACACACACCCACACACACACACAGACACACACACACACACACAGACACACACAGAGACAGACACACACACACACACAGAGACACAGAGAAAUACACACACUUAACAUUUCACCUGGAAGGAAUGCAUUCUAUUAGGCUCUUAAGCGAUGCCCAUGUUAACAUACAUGUUAUCUUGUUAAAGUGCUGACUUUGGGAAAUGUUUUACUGUCUGCUAGUCAAAACAGCCAGAGUGAAGUCUUUCCAAGUGAAGUAAUGCGGCCGGGUGGACGUCAGUUGUAUUCCUGUGCUUGUGUCGGCUUGAGACGCAUUCCAGAGGGUCUCAGCUGCGAAAUUAAACAUCUGUAUUGACAGACCACAUUAGAUGCUGUCAGUAACCCCUCAAAACAUGUGAGGGUGUGUACUGUAGCCUACGUACAUGACGAGUCAAAACACUUCUCAAGUCAACAACAAUAAUUGCUAAUACAUUUCUCACAUACCUGGGUUGUUUUUCUUUAGAUGCUUUCUUCAUGCAUCUGUGACACAACAACACUCAUAAUUGCUAUAUAAUACAGAACUGUCAUCAUAUCCAGCUCCGUAAUUGCACCUGAUAUUGUUAUGAUUGUACACACAGAGAUAGAUAGAUUAUUGCUGUGUUAUUGGGGUUGUUGUAAUUGGAAUGACUCCUGUCCUUCCUCUGGUCUCUAUAUGACAGGACUUCUCUAACGGGGAUCAGUGACUUCACCUCCACUAAGAACAGGAUCAUUCAGCUGUGUCUGGAGCUCACCACCACCGUUCAGAAGGUUUGUUCUCUAAUCGUCAUUAUUCACUCUCAUGAGGUUUCAUAGGACUUUGGGAUGACUUUGCCUAUAAGCAAACCACUUGUGUGUGUUUGUUAAAUUAGCAUGAUGCAUUAAUAUUUAUUUCAUGCUAGUAGUCAACACACAAAUUCACAUGGAGCCCCUCUCAUGAACGUUCUGGGAACCAAAAAUGACCGUUUUUUUAAGGCAUGUAAAAAGCAAAACAUCUCUGAGAAAAUGUUCUGUGGUUUCAAAGGUCUUACAAUAACUUCUAGGGCCACAAUGUCUGUCACACGAGACCUUAAAACCCCUGCAUCAGAGGCUACUUCAUUUGAUCUAUUAUACAUUGAGGUGGAGUUCAAAUAGGAAGUGUUAGCUGAAGGUGUGCCCCAUACAGACACUCGCCACAGGAUGUAAUAAGAACAGUACCACUGAAUGGUUAAAGCAUGAAGACCUCCACCAGCAGCACGUGGGAGGAUGAAAGAUCAACACGUGCCUAAUUCUGCUCUCUCCCACAAAACAUGAAGGAUACUGAGUUUGUGUCCCAAAUGGCACCCUAUUCCCUAUGUAGUGCAAUACUUUUGACCAGAGCCCAACGGGUCCUGGUCAAAAUUAGUGCACUAAAUAGGGAAUAGGGUGCCUUUUAGGACACAUAAAUAGUGAAAGAUACAGUGUGGAAGCAGUGUCCUCUCCACCUCACUGCUCCCUAUAGUUAAGUGACGUCCCACAGAACUGUCAUGCAAUCAUCUUGUCACACUGUUUACAGGGAGUUGUUAUUUAAGUGCCCACAAGACACAUCGUCCUGUAUGUUUGGGAGGCUUUUUGCAUUCCUGUUUGGUUUCACUCCCAAGUUUUUUAUUUCCACAAAUAUUUGUCCGCCGUUCGCUGCUAAUUUGUGUUUUCGUUCGCUCUUUCCUGCUACGCCUCAGAGGGAUACAGCUUAAGUGUUUUACUGUAGCAUCUUGUAAAAUAUACUUCUGUCCCUGAUUGUAGGACUGCACAGUUUAUGACAUGGAGGAGAAGAUUCUGGAAGUGGUAAGUGAUGCUUCCUCUUUUUACCUCUGGUCUGAAUGCUCUGUUCACCAGCUCAGCCCUGGAGCUUCAAAAUAAACACAUCGCAAACAGAUAUUAUCACGACUCAGGAUAUGACCCAGAUGCAGACACAGGAGGCAGAUAGUACAGUUCUCAAUAAUAAUUUAUUACAACACGGGGCAGGCAAAGGGCAGGUCGAGGACAGGCAGAGGUUCGUGAUCAGGUCAGAGUCAGGCAGGUACAGGACGGCAGGCAGGCUCGGGGUCAGGGCAGGCAGAGGUUCGUAAUCAGGUCAGAGUCAGGCAGGUACAGGACGGCAGGCAGGCUCGGGGUCAGGGCAGGCAGAGGUUCGUAAUCAGGUCAGAGUCAGGCAGGUACAGGACGGCAGGCAGGCUCGGGGUCAGGGCAGGCAGAGGUUCGUAAUCAGGUCAGAGUCAGGCAGGUACAGGACGGCAGGCUCGCUCGGGGUCAGGGCAGGCAGAAUGGUCAGAACCGGGAAAACUAGGAAAUAAACACUUGAGAAACGGGAAAGCACGCUGGUAAGACCUGACAAGGCGGAACUGGCAACAGACAAACAGAGAACACAGGUAUAAAUGCACAGGGGAUAAUGGGGAAUAUGGGCAACACCUGGAGGGGGGUGGAGACAAGCACAAAGACAGGUGAAACCGAUCAGGGUGUGACAGUUAAACACACAGGAAGCACACACACAUACACACACACAGAUACACGCAGGCAAUACACGUACACAUGCAUACACACACAUACACACACACACAUACACACAUACACACACUUCCCUUUCCUGUAGAGACUGCCAUGGUUCUUGUGAUAUGUGCUGUGUUCCCGUAUGGGUGUAGGACUUUGUUUAUACAGUUAAGAGCUGUUUUCCAAAUGACACCCUAUUCCCUAUAUAGUGUACUAUUUUUGACCAGACCCCUAUUGGCCUUGGUCAAAAGUCGAGCACUACAUAGGGAAUAGGGUGCCAUUUGGGAUGCAUCCCAGUGCUGUGAUGGUUUACAGAAGCCCUGCUUCCACAUUCUGUGUUAGAUAGCCCUGCCUGGGGGGCCGUUGGGCUACACAGUCAGCUGAAAAUUUCAUUAACUAAGUGAUAAUAUUAGUUUGGAUCAGCAGUUUCUCUCAGGAGCUGACCUACUGUAUAACCUCAGCCUCCCAUGCUGUGCUGUUUACAGCCAAGUUGUACAAUGCUUAUCUAAGUCUGUGUCAGGCUGUUACAGCUUUAAAGCUACUAUCCUGCAAUACUACACUACCGGUCAAAAGUUUUAGAACACCUACUCAUUCAACGUUUUUUGUUUAUUUUUACUAUUUUCUACAUUGUAGAAUGAUAGUGAAGACAUCAAAACUAUGAAAUAACACACAUGGAACCAUGUAGUAACCAAAAAACUGUUAAACAAAUCAAAAUAUAUUUUAUAUUUGAGAUUCUUCAAAUAGCCACCCUUUGCCUUGAUGACAGUUUUGCACACUCUUGGCAUUCCCUCAACCAGCUUCACCUGGAACACUUUUCCAACAGUCUUGAAGGAGUUCCCACAUAUGCUGAGCACUUGUUGGCUGCUUUUCCUUCAGUCUGCGGUCCGACUCAUCCCAAACCAUCUCAAUUUGGUUGAGGUCGGGGGAUUGUGGAGGCCAGGUCAUCUGAUGCAGCAUUCGAUCACUCUCCUUCUUGGUAAAACAGCCCUUACACAGCCUGGAGGUGUGUUGGGUCAUUGUUCUGUUGAAAAACAAAUGAUAGUCCUACUAAGCCCAAACCAGAUGGGAUGGCGUAUCGCUGCAGAAUGCUGUGGUAGCCAUGCUGGUUAAGUGUGCCUUGAAUUCUAAAUAAAUCACAGACAGUGUCACCAGAAAAGCACCCCCACACCAUAACACCUCCUCCUCCAUGCUUUACGGUGGGAAAUACACAUGCGGAGAUCAUCCGUUCACCCACACCGCGUCUCACAAAGACUUUUGAACUCCAGACCAAAGGACAAAUUUCCACCGGUCUAAUGUCCAUUGCUCGUGUUUCUUGGCCAAAGCAAGUCUCUUCUUCUUGUUGGUGUCCUUUAGUACUGGUUUGUUUGCAGCAAUUCGACCAUGUAGGCCUGAAUCACACAGUCUCCUUUGAACAGUUGAUGUUGAGAUGUGUCUGUUACUUGAACUCUGUGAAGCAUUUAUUUGGGCUGCAAUUUCUGAGGCUGGUAAUUCUAAUGAACUUAAACUCUGCAGCAGAGGUAACUCUGGGUCUUCCAUUCCUGUGGCGGUCCUCAUGAGAGCCAGUUUCAUCAUAGCGCUUGAUGUUUUUUGCGACUGCACUUGAAGAAACUUUCAAAAUUCUUGAAAUGUUCCGUAUUAACUGAAUUUCAUAGUUUUGAUGUCUUCACUAUUAUUCUACAAUGUAGAAAAUAGUAACAAUAAAGAAAAACCCUUGAAUGAGUAGCUGUUCUAAAACUUUUGACCGGUAGUGUACACAUUUUGCCAUGAGGCAGAGAGAAAACUUUGCAGUUUUAAAGCUUAAAUGAAAGUGCAUUUAUGUACAAAAAAAAUGCAGAAAGUAUUGAAUUGUAGAUUAAUAAUAUUAGAGUCGUUCCACCAAUUCAGUGCCUUUUGAGAAGUGUAGCUUGGCCAUAUACCACACCCCCUCGGGCCUAAUUGCUUAAUUAACCAAUCCAGUCAUUAGCACUAACGUGUGUGACUACAGUCUGUCCCUCCCCUCUCCUGAAGUUUAGCUCCGUCAUCAUGACCACACACCAGAGAUCCAACACACCAGAAUAGCUCUUUACAACAUUUACAUUAACAUUUACAUUUACAUAAUUUAGCAGACGCUCUUAGAAAUUGGUGCAUUCAACUUAUGAUAGCCAGUGGGUUGUUUUUUUUAGGGGGGGGGGGGGUAGAAGGAUUACUUUAUACGAUUCCAGGUAUGACUUAAAGAGGUAGGGUUUCAAUUGUCUCCGGAAGGUGGUCAGUGACUCCGCUGUCCUGGCGUCGUGGGGGAGCUGGUUCCACCAUUGGGGUGCCAGAGCAGCGAAUAGCUUUGACUGGGCUGAGCGGGAACUGUGCUUCCGUAGAGGUAGGGGAGCUAGCAGGCCAGAGGUGGAUGAACGUAGUGCCCUCGUUUGGGUGUAGGGUCUGAUCAGAGCAACGACCAUAACCUCAUCCCCAGGCUAAUUGUGCAUACAUUGAGAGGCAGUGUCUUGUUAACGAGAUUACAAUGACGAUGGUUAUUUCCCCAAAGUCCAGUGAAGUAUACUGAACAAAAAUAUAAAUGCAACAUGCAACAAUUUCAAAGGUUUUACUGAGUUUCCAAAUAAGUGAAUUGAAAUCAAUUCAUUAGGCUAUAAUCUAUGGAUUUCACAUACCUUUAAAAAAAUGGGACUCACAAUGGGCCUCAGGAUCUCUUUGGGGUAUUUUUGUGUAUACAAAUUGCCAAUCGAUAAAAUGCAAUUGUGUUCGUUGUCCGUAGCUUAUGCCUGCCCAUACCAUAACCCCACCGCCACAGUGGUGCACUCUGUUCACAAUGUUGACAUCAGCAAACCGCUCGCCAACACAACGCCAUACACAUGGUCUGCGGUUGUGAGGCCGGUUGGACGUACUGCCAAAUUCUCUAAAACAAUGUUGGAGGCGGCUUAUGGUAGAGAAAUGAACUAUCGAUUCUCUGCCAACAGCUCUGGUGGACAUUCCUGCAGUCAGCAUGCCAAUUGCACUCUCCCUCAAAACUUGAGACAUCUGUGGCAUUGUGUUGUGUAACAAAACUGCACAUUUUAGAGUGGCCUUUUAUUGUCCCCAGCACAAGGUGGGGACAACAGUAUGAAAAUGUAUGCACUCACUAACUGUAAGUCGCUCUGGAUAAGAGCGUCUGCUAAAUUACUAAAAUGUAAAAAUGUGCACCUGUGUAAUGAUCAUUCUGUUUAAUCAGCUUCUUGAUAUGCCACACCUGUCAGGUGGAUGGAUUAUCUUGGUAAAGGAGAAAUGCUCACUAACAGGGAUGUAAACAAAUUUGUGCAAACAAUUUGAGAGAAAUAAGCUUUUUAUGCGUAUGGAAAAUUUCUGGGAUAUUUUAUUUCAGCUCAUGAAACAUGGGACCAACACUUUACAUGUUGCUUUGAUAUUUUUGUUCAGUGUAUAUUGGUGUUCUGAGACAAUGUAGCUGAGUGUAUUCUGUUAUAUGUUCCAUUCCAGUCUGUGGCUCUGAACGUGAUCUGUGAGCAGACGAUGAGGACGACCUCUGACCCCCAGAAGAGUCAGAUGGCCUGUCUGGAGGAGGUCCACAUCACCAACAUCAGACCUAGGGAAGGACUGGUGAGAAGAGUUAGCUUGCAUCCCAAAUGGCACCCCAUACCCUAUACCAGGGGUGUCAAACGUCCGGCCCGCGGGCCGGAUCAGGCCCGCAAACGGGUUUAAUCCGGCCCGCGAGAUGAUUUAAAAAAAAUAAAAAAAUACAAAAUACAAAAUAAAAUUGUAAAGUAUAAAAAUGCGCUGCAAUUUUUCAAUAAAAUAAACUGCUGUUCCAAUUGCGUCCACUGGAUGGCGCAAUAGCAAUUGUGUUAAGCAAGCAAACUGUUUAUACCGGGGCAGAGCAAGUAGGUCAAGCACGUGCAGCCAAUGAGCUACUUUGUUUUGCCCGCGAUAUUUAUUACGGCUUCUACUUUUAACAUUAUGUGCUUUGGCACCCUCAUUGCCCCAAUAUGUCUCUGUCAAAAAAGAGAAAAGUGGACGCAGAGUGCAGAGUGUUCCAAGAAAAAUGGUCAUCCUAUUUAUUCACGGAAUUGAAUGGGAAAGCUGUAUGUUUGGUGUGUUCAGAGCAUGUUGCAGUGCUGAAAGAAUAUAACCUUCGUCGCCACUAUGUGAGUCUUCAUGCCGACAAAUAUGACAACUUUCAAGGACAGCGGAGAUGAGAGAAGGUGAAUGAACUGUUGGCGGGUCUGAAGAAACAGCAGUCUGUGUUUACUCACAGCCGAGACAUCAGUGACGCUGCAGUGAAAGCUAGCUACCUCAUUGCUAAUGAAAUCGCAGUGGCUUCAAAACCAUUUAGUGAGGGUGAAUUUGUAAAAACAUGCAUGAUGAAGGCAGCGGAGAUUGUGUGCCCUGAAAAGCGGCAGGCUUUUGCAAAUAUCAGCCUGACAAGAAACACAGUUGCAGACAGGAUUUCCGAUCUUUCAGUGGAUUUGGACAGCCAGUUGAAGCAAAAAGUAAAGUCAUUUAUUGCGUUUUCGGUUGCAAUUGAUGAAAGCACGGACAUUACAGAUGUUGCACAACUGGCCAUUUUCAUCCGCGGAGUUGAUGACACAUUGACCGUCACCGAGGAGUUCGUGGAGUUGGUGCAGAUGACAGAUACAACGACAGCAGCUGAUAUUUUUACCGCACUCGUCGGCGCGCUGGACAGGGUCGGAGUGGACUGGUCCCGCGCUGUCAGCCUGGCUACAGAUGGUGCGCCCUCAAUGAUCGGGAAAAAAGCAGGCGUUGUGACAAAGUUCAGAGAGAAAGUGCAAUCUGCAAAUGGAGGACGUGAUUUUUUGACUUUUCACUGCAUUUUGCACCAGGAGGCUUUGUGUUGCAAGUCAUUAAAGAUGGAUAACGUCAUGAAGGUGGUCAUCCAAACUGUUAAUUUCAUCCGAUCCAGAAGCCUGAAUCACCGUCAGUUUGACAGCCUUCUCAGAGAGAAAGACCACAUCUAUGGCCUGCCAUACCACACUGAGGUAAGAUGGUUAAGCCGAGGUGCUGUGCUGAGGCGUUUCUUUGAUUUACGAGAAGAAAUUGAACAGUUCAUGGAAGAAAAGGGCAAACCAGUGUUAGAAUUUCAUUCCGCAGAAUGGAUGCAGGACCUUGCAUUUAUGGUGGAUGUUACAGAGCACCUGAAUAACUUGAACAAACAGCUGCAAGGGCGCAACAAAGUUGUCACGCAGUAUUAUGACAGCAUACGUUCUUUCAAGUUGAAGCUGUCAUUGUGGGAGACGCAACUUGCCGGUGGUGAUGCAGCUCACUUCCCCUGUCUGAAAAAUGUGUGCGCGACCCAACAUGUGGCAGACAUGAAGCGGUUCAAAGAUAAAAUAACGGGACUGUUACGGGAGUUUGAGCAACGCUUUCAGAUUUAUGUUUAUAUGUUUUUAUGUUGAUGUGCUAUUGUUUUUAAUUGAUUUUAUUUUAUUUGUAUAUUUAACCUAUUCUUGACUCUGUGGUUCUUGCACUUGUUUGGGGAACAGGAUUUCAUUAUUUUUAUCUACAUUUCUGCCUGAGAAAUGACACCCUGAUAUAGUUCUGUGAUCUGUGAUAUACUUCUGUGAAUCACUGAGGCAUUGUGUGUUUGUGUGUUCUUUGUCCUCAGAACUUUCAAAUAACUUGAGGUGUUUUAUGAUUAAUAGUGAUGUUGUACUUUUGGACACUGUCCUCAGGCUCCAGCUUUAUGUUUAUAUGUUUUUAUGUUGAUGUGCUAUUGUUUUUAAUUGAUUUUAUUUUAUUUGUAUAUUUAACCUAUUCUUGACUCUGUGGUUCUUGCACUUGUUUGGGGAACAGGAUUUCAUUAUUUUUAUCUACAUUUCUGCCUGAGAAAUGACACCCUGAUAUAGUUCUGUGAUCUGUGAAACAGGUCUGUUAAUCACUGAGGCAUUGUGUGUUUGUGUGUUCUUUGUCCUCAGAACUUUCAAAUAACUUGAGGUGUUUUAUGAUUAAUAGUGACGUUGUGCUUUUGGACACUGUCCUCAGGCUCCAGCUUUAUGUUUAUAUGUUUUUAUGUUGAUGUGCUAUUGUUUUUAAUUGAUUUUAUUUUAUUUGUAUAUUUAACCUAUUCUUGACUCUGUGGUUCUUGCACUUGUUUGGGGAACAGGAUUUCAUUAUUUGUAUCUACAUUUCUGCCUGAGAAAUGACACCCUGAUAUAGUUCUGUGAUCUGUGAAACAGGUUUGUUAAUCACUGAGGCAUUGUGUGUUUGUGUGUUCUUUUUCUUUAGAAUUUUCAAAUAUACUUGACGUGUUUUAUGAUUAAUAGUGAUGUUGUGCUUGUACUAUUUUGGACACACUGUCCUCAGGCUCCAGCUUUAUGUUGUAUGUUGAUCGUAUUAAAACAAAGAAAACAAUCUGAAGUUGUUGUUUUUAAGUUAUAUAUACCAUGAUUUUUCCGGUCCGGCCCACUUGGGAAUAGAUUUUCCUCCAUGUGGCCCCUGAGCUAAAAUGAGUUUGACACCCCUGCCCUAUACUGUAUAGUGCACAACUUUUGACCAGGGCCCAUAGGGAUCAGGUCAAAAAGUAGUGCACUAUAUAGGAAAUAGGGUGGCACAUAAGAAGCUGACUUAUACUUGAAAUUAGAGAAGAUUCUUACAUGAUCAGCCCAAGCUAGAUGUACUGCUUGAUUUCUCAGUCUCUGAGAUUGAUUGCUUCUUUCUUAUGCUGUCCUGUAUCAUUUCAGGGGUUGUAUAUCAAAUCCACCUACGACGGGCUUCACAUCAUCACUGGAACCACAGAACAUGUGAGUAUCCCGUCUAUUCCGAUAGUAGUAGUCCAAGAUGGUCUGGAGUGUUCCAGUCAGAGUGAAUGUACUGUACUUCUGUGAUGUCUCCUUGCUCACCAUCUGUCUUUCUGCUGUCCUCUGCCCUCCAGUCUCCAGCAGACAGAACACACAGGAUCCACGCCGGAGACGAGGUCGUCCAGGUCAACAAGCAGACAGUGGUAGCUACCUCAUACAGCUUCUCUCAUCUGUCCAUUGAUAUGAGAGUACUAACCCAGGAAUGAGAGAGAUCACAGAUCUUUGUUAAAUCAACAACAAGCUCAAUAAUGAUUGGAGCAUAGGGAUAGGCAGAAUAUUCAGAGUACAGUGACAGAGUUGAUGAUGAUGGGUCUGUUGAUGGGAGUGAUGAUGAUGGAUGUGAUGAUGGAUGUGAUGAUGUUGGGUCUGCUGAUGGGAGUGAUGAUGAUGGAUGUGAUGAUGGAUGUGAUGAUAAUGGGUCUGUUGAUGGGAGUGAUGAUGAUGGAUGUGAUGAUGGAUGUGAUGAUGAUGAUAGAUAUGAUGAUGGAUGUGAUGAUAAUGGGUCUGUUGAUGGGAGUGGUGAUGAUGAUGGAUGUGAUGAUGGAUGUAAUGAUGGAUGUGAUGAUGGAUAUGAUGAUAAUGGGUCUGUUGAUAGGAGUGAUGAUGAUGAUGGGUAUGUUGAUGGGAGUGAUGAUGAUGGAUGUGAUGAUGGAUGUGAUGAUGAUGGGUCUGUUGAUGGGAGUGAUGAUGAUGGAUGUGAUGAUGAUGAUGGAUGUGAUGAUGGAUGUGAUGAUGAUGAUGGAUGUGAUAAUGAUGGGUCUGUUGAUGGGAGUGAUGAUGAUGGAUGUGAUGAUGGAUGUGAUGAUGAUGGGUCUGCUGAUGGGAGUGAUGAUGAUGGAUGUGAUGAUGAUGGGAGUGAUGAUGAUGGAUGUGAUGAUGGAUGUGAUGAUGAUGGGUCUGCUGAUGGGAGUGAUGAUGAUGAACCUGCUGAUGGGAGUGAUGCUGGAUGGGUCUGACGAGGUGUCCUAUCUGUCUGUCUGUGGUGCCUCCAGGUGGGCUGGCAGCUGGAGAACCUGGUGGGUAAGCUGAAAGCGGACCCAGCAUGCGUUACUCUGGUGGUGAAGAAGAGGCCCUCGGGGACCUGUAGCUUCACCCCGGCCCCCCUGAAGAACAUGCGCUGGAGGCCGCAUCUGGUGCAGGUAGAGCCCUAACACUCUCACACAGCUUGAUUGAAGAACACCCGUAGUACAUGUAGACCCAGCCCACCUUAUCCCCCUUGAUAUCAUAGUGUUGAAUCAAUUCUGGAUUUAUUUUCAUCUGUCAUCAUAGGUGUGACAUUUGUGUGUUUGUUAUCCCAGAGUUGUUGGUUUUUGGUGGGGUUUGACAACAGAGGACAAGUUCCUCAGGUCUUCUGCCAUCGAGGUUGCGUCUUUCAGUGGGUGGGUUGUAACUAAGGGUAAACAAUGAAUCCCUUCUUCCUUUUUUUCCAGUCCAAGGCUGUAUUGAUGUCAGACAUGUUUUGAAGGUGACUCAUGUUCGCAGAUCAUGGGUCUAGUGUGACUGAAUAGGCUUGGUGUUUCGGAACCCAUUUAGGAUGUGUGUUUUAAAUAGAUUGCAUAGUCCUUCAAAUGUCAGUAGUGGGCUGGGUCAGUGUGCCCUGACUACACUGUAAUCUCGCCAGGCAUGGAGGAACCCAUUGAACCAGGCUACAGUAGUCUUGGUGGAUUUACCAAAUGGACAUUUGCUUAAUUCGAAAGAACGCCAUGUAACGCAUUAGUAUUUUGCUGAUCGUUAUGGUGAAGUUGUCUAAUUUUAGCAGCUAAGCUACCUCAAGCCAAUUAUUUAACACAGAUUUCUGUGGUAUUAGUGUUUUUACUUGACAACAUUUGGUAACAUCUGGGGAUCUAUCUAUUAUAACAAGUAUUUUGUUGUUUUGUGUGUUAGAACGCCCCCGGAAUCCCUAAGAUCCAGUCUCCAAAGCAUGCCUGUGAAGCCCCUAUGAAGAAAGAGAAGCCAGCCCUUCUCGACCUAUUUAUCCCCCCCCCCCCCACUGUACCCUAUACCCCACGGUGAGUAUCUGUCUGUCUGUUUGACUGUCUGUCGGUUUGACUGUCUGUCUGUCUGUCUCUCUGUCAGUCAGUCUGUCUUUGUCUGUCAGUCCGUUGGUCGGUUUGACUGUCUGUCCGUCUGUCAGUCUCUGUCUGUCUGUGUGUCUGUCUGUCUGCAUGUCCGUCUGUCAGUCUGUCUGUUUGCGUGUCUGUCUGCAUGUCUGUCUGCCUUUCUGUCUGUCUGUCUCUCUGUCCUCCUCAGGCUUUAGGAAUGGCAUAACACCGCCUCUUGUUUAGUCCAUUAAGUCCCAAACAGGGACUUAUAACUUCUGUUGAAAUUACUGUUUGGGAGAAGAAGAAAAAAAUGUGUACCCCUACAAUGAUGGAUACUGCUCUGUUAGCUGACCUUGAUGUUGUUUCUUCUUUUCCUCUCAUGUACCACUCAUCACAGAGAUGAGAAGCCUAAAGCCAGUGUCAAACUGAGACCAAAGGGUUCUCAGUCUCCAAACUCCUUCCUGGAUGAGGGCAGACGGCGCUUCACCAUCGCAGACUAUGACAACAAGAUCAGAGUCUGCCCCCCUCCUGAGCCCAACCUCCAACCGGCCCAACCAGCCCCAGUUGCCCGCCUGAGACAACAGACAUCAACACGGGGUCAGUGCCCUAACACACACAAACUUUUCCCCCAGUUAAUCACGGUAGCAUUCUGUUCCCAUUUCACUGACUUUUAUAGAUUCUGUACCAUUGAAAAGAUUGAUGACAUUGAAUUACAGAAUAUUUGAACUCUUUACAGGUAAACCGCGGCCUCUGUCCAUGCCUCUAGACUCGUGUUUGGGCAUGUCUGAUUCGUCCUCCAGACCCUGGCACCAAGGGAGGAAAGGUAAGCCUGCUACAGCUAUAGCACAGGGUGCCAAUUGCAUCCCAAAUGACACCCUAUUCCCUAUAUAGUGCACUAUUUUUGAUUGGGGCCCCGGUCAAAAGUAGCGCACUAUAUAAGGAAUAGGGUGCCAUUUGGGACAGAACCGAACUGAGGCUAAUCUACUGUUAUCAGAAUGGCCAUUUCACAAGCUCAUUUACUCUGCAGAACAAACUGAGGCAGACUCGGAUUGCAUGCCUUGAAUUCUUAAGUCGUUGUUCAUUAACUUUGGGGUAAGCCCCAGCAUAACCAGUGUUAACUUUGUCCACAACUCCUUAGACUCACUUAUCCUUAAACAGAGAGGGUUCGGCGGGUGUUGUGAGACAAGUUUGUUCAUUUGUGUAUGUCUAUGUGUAUAUCAUGUGUAUUCAACGAGUAUGUGUACAUGUACCAGUGUAAGUAGGCCCAAAGGUUUUCCUGAUCAGAUCACAGUCAGGAAAAACUCCUAGCUCUAGUUAUGUAUCUAACGUAUAUGCCAGCCCCAUGCUAAGAUUCCUGUUUUAUAUAUGGUUCUUGCAUGGUGAUGAUAUCCUUGGAUGGACAAUAAAGUCCUAUUCUAUUCUACUCUUGCAGGAGAGGACAUCCUGCACAGAUACCUGAGUAACGAGCGCAUCGCCACCAUCUCUGAGGAGGCCUCGUGUUUCCCCCUACCCUACAGACCCCUGGAGGGGCGAUCUGGCCAGCUGGUCCGUGGCGUCGACCACAUCCGGGGCUCCCGGUGCUUCAUCAACGCUGACCUGCACAACAGCGCCACCAUCCCCUACCAGGAGGCAUCGUCGAAAAAGGCCCCGGCUACGAUUGUGACCCCUAGUGCUGCUGCUACUCCCAAACGCCCUCCAUCGGAACCCUCUUCGAUCCUGGGGGGCUGGCUAGCCCGCCUCAGGCUGUUGAGUCAU